AUGGCAUCUCGACAAGCGUAUAAAAGACUCUCAAAGGAGUACAAAAUGAUAAUGGAGAACACCCCUCCCUACAUCAUUGCAGUACCCAAUGAUGAAAACAUAUUAGAGUGGCAUUAUGUGAUAACAGGUCCACCGGAUACGCCCUAUGAGGGUGGACAGUAUCAUGGAACUCUACAUUUCCCACCUGAGUAUCCUUUCAAGCCUCCUGCAAUCAGGAUUUCUACCCCUAAUGGGCGAUUUAAGCAGCAUACUAGGCUAUGCUUGUCGAUGAGUGACUACCACCCCGAUACAUGGAACCCUUCAUGGUCUGUAGCGACGAUAUUGAAUGGGCUUUUGAGCUUUAUGACAGGAGAUGAACAGACAGGAGGGUCUAUAACCACUAGUGACUAUACUAAGAAGACAUUAGCCUUGAGUUCUAAGGAAUAUAAUGCAAAGCAGAAUACAGAAUUUCAGCGUAUGUUUCCGGAUCUUUUAAAACAAAAUUUAAAGGAUAUAGAGGAGCUCAAAAAGAUUAAGGACAAGGAUCCAAAGGAAUAUAAUAAUCAAGCCAAAUUCGAACAGGAACAACCAAUUUCUUUGGAUGAGAUUAAGGACCCCGAAGAUAGGAUUCGGGCUCAGCAGCUAAGUGUUCAACUUCAGAAGGAGAAUAGAAAGUCUAGGAAGUUUGAUAGCCUUUCUUCUUUUGUAUUUUUUGCUGUAGCUGUUCUUUUACUUGUUUGUUACGCUCAUUAA